CGUCUUGUCAAGAGUGCGAAUGUCAAUGAAACAAAGCUGAGAAAAAUGUGCCGUAGUAAUGCGACGUUUAUCGUGUUUUCGUUAUUUCUGAUAUUCUUCUGCGACACGACGUCAUCAGAAUGCAUACAGAAGGCACCUUGCAUUUGCUCGUUAUCGGACGGCUACUAUUACAAUUUGACCGCCCUCGCUGACGAAAAGCCAUUCUCUGCUAAUAACAUUAAUUGGACAGUCUAUUUUCAUCCAUGCACAAAUGUAAAUAUGACGGUAGAUAGCAACGCAAAAUGUCCUAAGGAAAAUAUAUCACUAUGUAUGGUACCCAGCAGCAAUAACACUAAAAUACUAACUGGAACAGCAGAAGAAACAAAAAUGAAAUUGUCGUAUAAUGGCAAAUUUCCAAUUUUUGAAAUACAUCAUAAUGACACUAAAAUGAUAAUAAACAUUGUGUGCUUUAAGGGAGAUAAAACCAAUUUUGUACUUGAAUCUGAUCCAAUUCCUGCUAAUAAUAAAACAUAUUCUUUUCAGCUGACUUCGCCAUACGGGUGUAGGUUACAUCAAGAAAUGGGAUUAUCUACGGGUUCUCUUUUAGUUAUUUUGUUCUUUGUCAGCGUUGGUGUAUAUUUCAUUGGUGGUAUCAUAGUGCUGAAAGCAUUGAGGGGAGCUACAGGCUGGGAGAUGGUGCCUAAUCACGAUUUCUGGUGUAAACUUCCUUCGCUAGUCAGAGACGGCGUCGUCUAUACCUUCAACUGUUGUCGAGCGGACAGUUAUGAGAGAAUAUAAUAUGUUUUUGUUAAACCGAUCCGAUUUCAUAUUUAUUAAG